CGCAGAGGCGUGGAUAAAUAAAUAAAUAGCCAAGCCAAACAAUCUUCCGCCACCCCCCUGCAACUGCAACCGCAACCGCAACCGCAACUGAGGUGCCAUGGCGGCGGAACCAAUCAGAACAGCGCUUCUCUUCCUCGUCCUCCUCGCCCUCGCCUCCUCCGUGGCCGCCGCAUCGACGGCACCAGCACCAGCGCGCGCGCCAACAGCGACCGGGUGCCGGCGCGGCGACCUGGUGGUGCGGCAGCGCGCGACGGGGCGCGUGGUGGAGGGGAAGCCCGAGUACGCGGUGGAGGUGCGGAACGCGUGCCGGUGCGCGCAGUCCCGCGUGCUGCUGCGCUGCUACGGGCUCAGCAGCGUGGGAGGCCGUGGACCCGCGCGCCAUCCGCGCCGUGGACGCCCGGCGCUGCCGCCGCGCGGGGGCGCCGUGCGCUUCACCUACGCCUGGAUGACGCCGCAGGACUUCCCGCUCCUCAGCUCGCGCCCGCACUGCUAGUGCUACUGCUGUUCUUGUUUGCUAGAAACUCCUAAUUGAUACGUACUGCUGUUCGUACGUGCGUGCUGAUUCAUUCUGCAGGGGAAGUUAUUGGCCUGGAUUAAUAAUUAA